AUGGUCUCGCCAAGUCUUUCGUGUCGAGUCUGCAGUUCCACCUGCAGCCUCCAAACCCUUGUGCGUGACGGGCUUAGCUCAAUCUCCGCCCAGUCCAACGCACCCCAAUCCAUUUUCUUUUCCUCAAUUCGAACUCGACCUACAUGGUCAGCCGUCUCAUACCAUGCCUUGAAUCGAGAAUUCCGAAAAUCCUUUCACUCGACUCCCAACCGCCGUUCCGAUCCUCCGUCCCGUAUCUCCUAUCGGGUUGCCGUAUCGUCGUCAGGCAAAGGACGUCGCUUUCAUCCUCUCAAAAAUGCUUAUAAUUUUGACCCCACCGUGUCAGAUGCGAUAGGAGUGUCUACAGGGCGACGAAGCCGUCCGGAUAGCGGGGAGGAUGCUUUCUUUGUGAGCCGCAUCGGCAGCCGCCGAGCAGGCCAACCAGCGGAUGAGGCGGAGGCUGUAGCCUUUGCUGUCGCUGACGGUGUUGGUGGCUGGACCGAGUCUCGUGUUGACCCGGCGGACUUUUCGCAUGGGAUAUGUAGUCAUAUGGCCAACACAGCCUUGUCUUGGGACCAACCGGCUAAUAAGUUGCGACCUAAGCAACUUCUGCAGUCGGGAUAUGACCAAGUGGUCGCUGACCCAACCAUCAAAGCCGGCGGUAGUACCGCCUCCGUAGGUGUUGCACUCCCCGAUGGCCGUGUUGAAUUGGCAAACUUGGGUGAUUCAGGCUCGGUCUUGCUUCGUCUUGCUGCCGUUCACCACUACUCAACUCCCCAAACACACGGCUUUAACACGCCCUACCAACUCAGCCUUAUUCCACCGAAAAUGCGUGCGCAGGCCUCGAUAUUCGGCGGGGCCUAUCUUGAAGAUUUCCCUCGCGAUGCCUCUGUCACCAAUGUUCAAGUACAGCAUGGUGAUGUGCUGAUUCUCGCUACCGAUGGCGUCUUCGACAACCUCAACAACCAGGAUAUUCUCAAGCUUGUAUCAAGCCGUAUGAUUCUGACGGGAGCUUGGACGGCUACUGCGGACUAUGGGGUUGCUGUUUCGGAUAAACUUCGAGAGCUCACAGUACCGGGUGGCCUUGCCUCUGCAUUGCCUCCGUCUUCAGGACCAUCGAAGGCUCAGCAUGGCUCCAAGGAGGAGAAGGAAUCAUCACCUCCCCCGGAAACCACACUCACUCUUCAAUCAUUGCUGGCAGCCUCUAUCGCUAAUGAGGCCAAGGUUGCCAGUGUCGAUUUCCGUCGCGACGGUCCUUUCGCCAAGGAGGCUCAACGAUAUUACCCUGGCGACUAUUACCGUGGCGGCAAGGUCGAUGAUAUUUGUGCCCUUGUUCUUGUGGCUAUUGAUGAGAGCAUCGUUGGCAAGGGUUCUGAGUGA